GCUCGGAUGGCUAGUCCUUGCCCGGGGCCUGGUUGUCGGUGUUGGAGUCGUGCGAUGGCUGCCUGGGAAUCUAGUAAGAUGGUGACUGGUCCCUGGCCACAAAGCCUUGGGGUGAGCUCUAAGGCCCUGCAUGCUCCUAUAAGCUCUGCAUCGAACACUUCCUUCCCUUUCCCAAGGGGAUCUCCCGUGUCUGCCAGACCCCUUGGGGGUUCUGCCAUGCAAUGCCUGCGCCUACCUGGCCUUAUGGCUGGCCAAGCGGACGGGUGUGCGGAGUCACGAACCCUCGUCUUCGCUGGCGUGCCGGUCUUGCUGCUGACUUUGGAACCAUCCUCUUUCUUGCGACCCAAGCUGGAGCUCGAUCAAGAAGGGUCUACCGAAGCCCUCCUCUUUUCCUUUUCUCUCUUUUCCUCGGUCACCUUUCCUCCGCUCGAGCUCCCUUUUCUCGACUAUCUCUGGUCUGCAGUCAGAGGCUGGCUUGGUGGCGCGGUGCUUCGAUAUUCGUGCCGUGACGAGGACCCCUUCGGAUCAGUCUUGCCCUUUCCCCGUCGGCCAGGUCGGUCGGAUCUGGUGUGA